GCUGGUUCUAUCCAUUCGCUACCAGUGCGUCUAUGAGCUGCUUGGAAAUGGACCUCAGCGCAUCUCGGUAUCAUACCCAGCGCGAUCAGCGUGCCAGUCAAGAAGCGACAUGACAGCACAUAACCGGGAAAAGAUCAGCCGCCCCCUGCGGCUCUCCGCACUCUCCGGGCCGGGCAAAGGUAUUCUCCGCUAUGCCGUGUUGUUGGCGGUCUGCGGGCUCUGCUACACCAACUCUCUACGAGGGGAGUUCGUGCACGACGAUGUGUGGGCAAUCACCAACAACCCGGACGUCAGACCUGGCUCCAGCUUGAGGAGCAUCUUUAACAAUGACUUCUGGGGGAAGAGGAUGUCCGAUAACACCAGUCACAAGUCCUACAGACCACUGUGCAUCCUCACCUUCAAGCUGAAUAUUGUGCUGGGUGGGAUGGAGCCGUUCUACUUCCACGUGGUCAACGUGUGUCUGCACUGCGCUGUGACUGCUCUGCUCAUGCACACGUGCGAGUGCUGUGUGUUCGACGACAGUCGCCUGGCCUUCCUCACCGCCCUCCUCUUCGCUGUGCACCCCAUCCACACAGAGGCAGUGUCUGGAAUUGUUGGGAGGGCAGACGUGUUGGCCUGCCUGCUAUUUCUCCUGACGUUUCUCUCCUAUAUUAGGAGUGUGUCCGUGUGGGGGUCAGAGGAGGCCAUCCCUGGCACCGCGUCACCCAGCUCGCUGCUCAUGAGUCUGGGACUGGGCACGUGCGCCAUGCUGGUCAAAGAGACGGGCAUCACUGUCUUUGCCGUGUGUGUGCUCUACGAUGCCCUGGUGCUGUGCCGCAAGCCUUUCCUCCUGCACCUCUCGUGCUGGCGGCUGAAGGAGACUCUGAGACUCUGCAGUCCUUUCAUCAAGCGGGCGUGCCUCAUCUCUCUUCAUGUGGCGUUCAUCAUGUCAGUGCGGCUGUGGCUGAUGGGCGGCUCCAUGCCCCUCUUCUCAGAACAGGACAACCCGGCCUCCUUCUCCCCGCACCUGCUGACCAGGUUUCUGACCUACUGUUACCUGCUGGCCUUCAACGCGUGGCUGCUCUUGGCCCCUAUGGUGCUGUGCUAUGACUGGCAGGUGGGUAGCAUCCCGCUGGUGGAGACGGCGUGGGACGCACGCAACGGGGCCUCUCUGCUCCUGGCCCUGAGCCUGCUGGCCCUCUGCCUGCACUGCGUGCUCUCAUUACAGAAAGUGGAGAAUAGAGAGUUGCUGGUUGGGAUUCUGUUCCUGGUGUUCCCCUUCAUCCCUGCAAGCAACCUCUUCUUCCGGGUGGGCUUUGUGGUGGCCGAGAGGGUCCUCUACAUGCCCAGCAUGGGCUAUUGUAUUCUGGUGGUGCACGGGCUGAACCGGCUGUGUGCGGUGGUGGGCCGCUGGGGCGCGGCUGCCCUCACCGUCUCCAUGCUGCUGCUCCUGCUGCUCUUCUCCUGGAAGACCGUCCAGCAGAACCAGAUCUGGCUCUCCAGGGAGGCCCUGUUCAGGUCUGGCAUCCAGACUUUACCACACAAUGCCAAGGUGCACUACAACUAUGCCAACUUUCUGAAGGACCGAGGAAGAAAUCAAGAGGCCAUCCACCACUAUAAAACUGCUCUCAGGCUGUACCCUCGGCAUGCCAGUGCCAUGAAUAACCUGGGCACACUGACCCGCCACCCAGAGGAUGCUGAGCGCUACUACAGGAGAGCCCUGGACAUCAACCCCCAGCACAACAGAGCCUUGUUCAACCUUGGCAAUCUGCUCAAAUCCCAUGGGAAAGAGCAAGAGGCUGAGUUCAUGCUGAGGGACUCCAUCCGCUUUGGCCCACAGUUUGCUGAUGCCUACUCCAGCCUGGCUUCCCUCUACGCUGAGCAGAAGCGAUUUGCUGAGGCCAAUAAGACCUAUCUUCAGGGCAUUGAGAACUGCCCCGACAGCUCAGACCUGCACAAUAAUUACGGGGUUUUCCUGGUGGAUACUGGAGAUGGGGAGCGGGCAGCGGAGCACUACCAGCAGGCUGUGCGUCUGAAGCCAGCUCACUAUGUGGCCAUGGUGAACUUGGGUCGCCUCCUGCGCUCAGCCAAUGACAACAAAGAGGCUGAAUCCUGGUACAAGAGAGCCCUGCAGGUGACGCGUAAAGUGGACAUCCUGACUCCUCUAGGCGCGCUGUACUACAACACCGGCCGCUACGAGGAGGCUCUGCAGGUGUACAGGGAGGCGGCCGUCCUGCAGCCGGACAGCACGGACGUGUGGCUCGCGCUGGCUCAGGUGCUGGCCAUGGCCGGCCGCAGUAAAGAGGCCGAGAAGAUGACCAUGGGGAUCAUAUCCAAAAGCUCGAGCUGUAUCGAGUGUUACCGACUCCUCUCGGCCAUCUACAGCAAGCGUGGGAACCAUACCGAGGCGUUAGAUGCUCUGGAUAAAGCUCUGCAGCAGAACUCAUCUGAUGCCGGCGUGCAGGCCGAGCUUCACUUCUCCAAGGGCAACCAGCUGCGAGAGAUGAACCAGCUGGACCGAGCCUUUGAGAGCUACAAGCUGGCAGUAGAGUUGAAUCCUGACCAGUCCCAGGCCUGGAUGAACAUGGGAGGAAUUCAACAUAUCAAGGGAGACUAUGCAGCAGCAAGGAUCUACUACGAGCGGGCCCUCCUGCUCACACCGGGCUCCAAACUGCUCAAAGAAAACCUGGCCAAGCUGGACCGGCUGGAGAAGAAGCUGCAUGGGGGACCGGGGCCGUAGAGGAGGAGGCCACCGCCGGCCACUGGACGUCGUUCCUGCAGGGACCAGAGCCGUAGAGGAGGAGGCCACCGCCGGCCACUGGACGUCGUUCCUGCAGGGACCAGAGCCGACCGCUGGACAAGGUGGAAUGGGAUUGAGGAGGGCCAGCGUCCCGCAGGCAAUCAAACGCGGAGAGGGAAUGACAUCUGAAUCCUCCAGCCUUCAUGGACCUCAGGAACAGACUGAUGAGGCAAUGACUCUACAGAAGUAGUCGUGUCCUAUGUGAAUAAGGAACUGAACCUUUGACUCUCAACACACAUUUCAUUUCCGUUUUAGAGACGUAUACAUGCAGACUCAGAUAUGAGUGAUAAUUGCUUUGGGAGAAAAGGGUCCUACACCAAACAUUAAAAAUCAGUUCAUAUACACUUGCCUGUUUGCCCCAUCAUGUAUCUCUGCUCUGAAACAAUACAGGCCAGGAUGGUACCACAGCCACACUGGGUCAGAAUUUCCACUGUGCCUCUGUGUUCUGUGAACAUGGCAUGUGACUUGUAAGAAACUUAAAUGUGUGUGUGUGUGUGUGUGUGAGUGUGCGGGUGGGUGAGUAGGUGGUAUAUGGUGUGUGUUUGUGUGUGCAUGUGUUUCAUUGUUUUAUUUUGUAAGGGUGCAGUGUGUUCCUGUUUGUAUUGUGUUGUGUGCACAUGAGGAUGAGAAAGGUGCCCCUUCAAUAAGUGUUAUUCUAUUUUUUGUGUAUUCUUUUAUCAUGAUUGUAAAUGCCAGUUUAUUGUGGAAUGUAUCAAUGAAAUAGGUUAUCAAAUGCUGCCCAUCCUGCAAUGCCAUAAAGAGAAAAUUGCACCAAUAUGUAGAUAGAAUUUUUAAAUGAAUUUCAGUGACUACGGUUAUUGGUGUCCAUGGCAAAUUGGUGUCCAUGGCAACAGAUUCUUUGUGCUUUGCAAUCCAGUACAAAGACCACUGGUUAACUAUGUACAAUUAUUUAAUAAAGCAAUUAAUAAGUUU